AUGCUGAAGAUCAGUCAUAUUCCUUUCAACUUCUUGGUCUCUGACAACGGAAUCUCUCUUGCCGCUGACCACCCGCUUCGAAAAAUUCUCUGGGAGGGACUCAGCAACGCACUGAGCUGCCCCAGGGUGUUGAAUGCGCUUGUCCGGAUUUCUCUGGCAACGUCAACAGACAAUAGACAGGAACUGCAAGUGGACAUCGAUGACACUACGUUUGAAAAGCGAAAAAUGGAAAUUAUCAUUUACUUUCUUUCGCAUCCCCCUCAUGUUGACAUACAAAACUCAAUGUCGGAGAAUUACUACGCUUUUGAGGACCGUCAACCUCUUGAUUCUGGCUCUAUGGUUAUCACCCAUCACUUUGCGAGGACCGACCGGCAAUCAACCCCACGGGAGAUUAGCCUGAACGGCAAUCUCGCUGAAUCGUGGAAUGGAGGUACAGGUCUAGCCUCCGAAUAUGCGUAUGAUGCUGCUGGGACACUAGUUCUGCGUGGAGAGGCCGGAUUCUAUGUUGAAGCUGCAUUGACUAUGCAAGGCCAAAUUGGCAUCGUUUUCAAUAGUGCUCAAGAUGAGUUCAAUUACGACCGAGUGGCUUACCUCUCGGUGGAAGCCCACGACAAUGUCGUCCUGAAACGCCUGGCGAUCGGAAAUUGGGACCCGUGGCCGUCUUUGCCGUUUUCUCACCCCCCGGGAGCAUUCUCGCGUGUAUGCCGCUGCGAAACACCAAAGACCGUUUUCGAUAUGAUGGCCAUACCACACGGCUCCCCCCCACCCACACCUUCCUCAUCAGUAAAGGCAAAAUUCGCACCUUCACCUGAGGACGACGGCCCCUUCCCUCCAAGAGAACUAAGCGAGAGCUCCAAAAUGGCCGUACAAGAUCUUCGGGAGCGUUUCAACAUGCCGGAUUUGCACAUGCCUCCUCCUCCUCCUACAUCACUCUACAGGGUCUACUGA